AUGAAAGAAGGAAAACAGAAAGUUGUAGGCAUCCAUGGUGAUCCCCAAAAUAACAAACGACCUCGGGAUAAAAAAAGAAAUUCAUCGGACAACAAAGACGAGUAUAAUGAGUUACUAAAAUAUAAACAGAGCUUUUACAUAAUCAGGAAAACUGUCAACCUUAUAAAAAAUCACUACAGCAACAAAAUCAACAAGGCGGACACCCUGCGCGAGAGGGAGCGGAAGCAUCUGUCCCACCUGAAGAGAGAAAACGUUAUUCUAGAAGAUAAGUGCACCUUUUACGCUGAACAUGUAGAGGAGCUAAAGAAGAUAUACACAGAGCAAAUAAAACUUAAGAAUAACAAAAUAGAAAGUUUGCAGGAUGAGUUAGAUAAAAUGAGGAAAGUCACGGAGGUUGGAGACGAGUCCAACAACACGAGAAUACUUAAAUUGCGAGAGGACCAAAUAGAGAGACUGUCACAGCAACUGGACUCCAUCAAUGGCUUGUACUACAAGCAAGUGGACAGUAACAAAAAACUAAUGAAGGAGAUAGAAGAACUGAACAAAAGCAUUCUGUACCUUAAUAAUAAAAUACAAGAAGAAAAAAACAAUCGUGACAAUGUGAGGAGGAGACUCAAAUAUUACAAACGAUACACGAAAAAUAAGAAGCGAUUCAAACUGAACUUCGACAUGAUGGUUGAUGAAGAAGAUAGUGGAAGAACAAAUGAAGAGGAAGACAUUUGCGUGUCUGUCUUAUGUCACUUAAAAACCGAAUUGGACAUGAUAGAUGAAGAGAAUAAAAAGAAAGAAGAGAAGAGAGGAGUUAACCAUGGGGACAACAAUUGGAAUAGAAAUAGCAACAAGUAUAUGGAUAAAGACAGAAUAAAAAUUCAGAGCAAUAAUUUCUUUCAAAAAAUUUUCCAAUCCAAUUAUACAAAAAAAAAAAAAAAAAAAAAAAAAAAAUACACUUUGUUUGAUACAAUUUACAAAAAACAAUUUUUCUCCUUUUACGAAAAAGCCUUUACGGAAAAUAGCGAUGUCAAAUUUGAAAAUAAAAAAGUGCUUUCCUCCCCGGUGAAGAAUUUAAAAAAAAAAAACGACGGGAAUAUUGUUUUCCACAAGGACAUGAAGGAGAACAUUCAAAACAGAGAAGCAAAAAGAGACAUGAGCAGGAAGGAUAACAACGGCAGUAGCAACGGUCACGGUGGCUUCAUUAAGCAUAAUGGGAUGGACCCGAAAAAGGGAAAUAAUUGGAACCCCCUAACAUUAAACGACAUUUAUUUUUACAGCAACUUCGAUGAUAACUUUGAUAAUAAGUGUGAUUACUUCGAUCAGGACACCCCCAGUUCGGGACGACCCUCGGUGGGCGAGGCGAAAGAAAGUGCGCACUGCCUUGAUGGAGAAGUGAAGGAAAGCAAACGCAUUGAUGAGGGCACUGAACGAACUUCCCUAAAGACAGCUGAUGGUACCCCCCAUGGGUGUACCCCCCAAAAGACAAACUCUACCGUGGAACAUUUCCCCGCGGGCGUGUAA